GUUUCUAUCGUUUAGUUCACCCUUAGGCUAUAUUACCAAUGACGUCAAAUGUAGGGCUCGUGCAUAGAUCCUUCGUACAAUCCAGGGCAAGAGAUGGAUAUCCUACGUCAUAAAAACACCCAGCCAUCGUAAUUUUUACUACACACCAAGUCGACUUGUCGUCACAGCUACGCAGAGUCAAGCUAUGCCACUAGAAAAUAUUUUUAGGCCACUGUGUGAAGAGGACGAGCAUCACGGGGAACGGCAACCUUCUCAGCUCAUUCUCGAGACUGGAAGUACAGUAGCCUGUGUUAUGACCGUGAACAUUAGCAUUAAUGCAAUGUAAACGGACUAUUUCGGAGAUAAUUCCGUGUUUUACACCAGUGGAAUAAUUGACGGACAUAUGAGAUAAGUGCAGCCAACGAAACGUAGUUUAUGUCUUUCAUCCGCUGCUCUCAUCCGACGGAUACGAAUUGUUGACGGGACAGCGCAGAUCGAGGUCUUGCACAGAAGUUGAGAUAACUAUUUAUGACAUUUUAUGUUUUUUUAACGAUAAGAAAAGAGAUUUCAUUUAUAUUGACACAAUAAAGGUUUAGCAAAUGUAUCUUCAUAGGUUUUUUUGAUUGACCUUAGCCUAAGCCAUUUUUAAAUACCCUAACCUACUUUUGACAUUUGACAUCGUAGGCUAGGGACUAUUCACAAAUUAGUGAUUACCAUCAAGGCUGUUACAGUAUUCCACGCGGAGUGAAGGACAUAAUUUACGAACGUUUCAUUUGCACACCAGAUUUCAACGCCCAUACUGAUUCAAUCGGUCCUCGUGAUGCUACCGUGCCUGCAAAGAGCCGUACGGCCCGCUCUCACGCUUAGAUCGGGUACCAUGUUUAGAGGACUCCGCGGGACAACAACGGUCCGUGAGACCAUUCCAACGAUGCUUGUGCAAAGCUGUAACAUGGGCACACAUCCGCACAAAGACCCGAUGGAGCCUUUGACGUCACCACAGGGAGCCAGAGACUUUAUUUGCAAUCUUCAUCCGACCGAACGCACGUGCCUGCUUAGAGAACUUCACAAGUUCGAGUCAAUUGCAAUAGCUCAAGGGACACUGGAAGUGUUGCCCCCAACCUCAGCUCAGCUCAAAUAUGUUAUUCUCCACAACGCCAUUCCCUUUGUGGGGUUUGGUUUCCUGGACAACGCCAUCAUGAUCGUUGCUGGAACACAGAUUGAGUUGUCCAUUGGAGUGAUUCUAGGGAUUUCAACUAUGGCAGCUGCCGCUCUAGGAAACCUCGUGUCGGACCUGGCUGGACUUGGGCUUGCAGGGUAUGUGGAGGCACUGGCCUGUCGACUGGGCAUGCGGAUCCCAGAUCUGAGCCCCAAGCAGGUGGACAUGUGGCAGACCAGAGUCAGCUCUCACUCAGGUAAAGCUAUCGGAGUGGGAAUCGGAUGCAUCCUAGGCAUGUUCCCCCUCCUCUUCUUCAAAGACGAGGAGAAAAAAAAAGAUAAAAAAGAUGCAGAGAGCUCCUCCGCCGACAGCAGAAGCAGCAACUAAGACAGCGGACCUGAAGGACUUGGCCCUGUGGUGAAAUGAAAGAAAAAGGAUCACUACUGGAUUGUUGCAGAGCCUGAGUAGCACAUUAUAACCUCUUUCAGUUUCUGUCAGACCUGCUAAGAUUACUAGAAUACUAAGACGACUGUACGAGCAUGACUAUUUUUUAUGUCAAAAAUCUUAAGAAUCCUAAAUGUUACCUGCUUCCUUGCAAUUGUAUGACAUCAUAUCAUGUAAGCCUCUUCCAACCAUGCUAGCUGCUUAUUGGCCCUUUUUUCAUUUCAUGAAACACAGUCUAGAUUCUGUGAAUGAAAGCAGUUCUGGUCUGCAGUCAGCCACAUUGAACCUCUCAGAGAAACCUAACAUAAGACCUCCGUCUGUCAGACAGGCAUGCUCAGAACUAGCAUAAUGUUGCACUGCAUCUCUGCUAUAAUCACAGACAUACAUAUGAAGUCAGUAGUAAACUUCAAAUGAAAAUGUAUUUUGAUUAAGAUGUUAAAUUUUUUGGGGCAUUGUUACAUAACAAACUGAAUAUUUCCCCCCUGUUGUUAAACCAGUUAUACUGGCUAUUUACCUCAGCAACAGUUGCAUCGUUUCACCACCAGAUGGUGCCUAAAGUAAAGGAUUCCACUGAAGGGCCAUUUAACACUACAAACAUACUGCUACUACUGCUAACACACCUGCGUUCCAUACAAACUUGUUUUACAUUUAGCGUUCAUAGCAUGAUAAUAAGUAAAAGGCAUACUUAGAUACUUAUUAGAUACAUAUGAAUUCAGUUAGCGCAUCCCAUGUCAAAACGUGCCUUAAUCACAAGGCUGUUAGAGGUCAAUAGAUGCCCCUUCCAGUGUGCAUGCCUGUAGGUUCCUGUGUGCUACUGUAGGUUUUAUUGAGAUACCUGUCUCAUCUGAACUAAUUUACAGUUCAUCCAAAUUAUUCAUAUGAUGUAAAAAGUACCUGGCUUAAUGGAAACAGACCGUUAUUUAAAGCACUAUGCUCAGCUAACUGUUUCAACAGAGACCAACCUUAUGCUGGGAAUUUUGGUUUUGAAGAGAAAAACACUUAUGUGGCACUUCACUGCUGGAAGUUAUUUAUUAAUAUUUAUUCAUCUGUCAACUUAUUUUAUUCGGGAAAUGUCAAGCACAAAGACUUUAAUCUGCAGUUUAUGGGCAGAUAAGUUUAAUCAGAACCUUGUUUGACCUGCUGUGGUUACAGCCUCUGAUGUGAAUACGUUGCAUGUACGAUGUUCUGUUUUGUUCAGGUGGUUGCAUGCUCACUAUAUAAUGAAACAAGAAACUAAACUAUAAGGCUGGACACCUUCUGGAAUGUCUGUAACAGACAUGCGUGAGCAAGGACUCACAGUGCAACACAUGAAGAUUUCCACCAUAGUGAAGUAGGAAAGGACUAUUUGGGAGCAAUAAGAAAGCUGACAGUGUGUACAAACAGGUACAUGGAACCUAAAUGUGUUUAACCUGUGAUUCCUCCAAAAACCCUCUGCUUGGUUAAGUUACAUUUCCUAUGUCAUUGUUUGCCUUUUUCCAUAUGCUGGUCAACAAUCAUUUUUCUUACUUAUAAUUCAUGUUUGGGUUUUGUAUCAAUAUAUCUUGAUUUCACACCGCCAUGGUUACUUACACACUAUCUUUAAGAAGCUGCUUUAAUAGAAUAUUUCAGAAUUCUGCAUACCAGAGGGUUAAGGGGGAUGUACGUAAGAGAGUUUAUACUCCCCCCCCCCCCCCCCCCCAACUCCUUGGUGCAGCAGGAGCCACCCUCAUCUCACUGGGCCCAGUCCAACUAUAUACAUACAUGCAAGGUCAUGAAGGUAACCCUCAUCUGUAUAUUAGGGUAAAUAUUUGUGUAAAAAAGAAAAAUGAACGGACACAUGGAACUAUUGUAACUUAAAUACUGAAAUUCUAAUCAAUAUUGAAAUGAAGAACAUCUCAUGCUA